CACAGCUGCCUCAGCUCUCGGCGGUGCAGGCCGGGUGGGGAUUCAGCGGGCCUGCUGGUUCCGUUGGGCUCCGAAACCCUGCUUCUGAAGGGGUGAACACGUGUGCUCGUAGCAGCAGCCAUCAGGGUUCUGCCGGCUCAGCAGGAACGCACUCGGAUGGUGACCCAUGGUUCACCAUCCUGAGCGGACCCACAGCCACACAACAAGGCAGCCGCUGCGAGCCUGCAGUAGCCGGUGGUGUUGGCGAGGUUAGGGUAGACGUGUUUGACGCCCAUGCGGAGACGUUCACUUUCCUGCCCAUGAUGCCGAGGUUCGAGCCUGGGCAGCAGAUGGCAGCUGGAUCUAGGGAGGCCGGCAUGACCCCGGCGGCAAUGCCAGUGGCAACAGCUGGAGGAGGGGCUACAGCAACAUCCGGGGCGUCCGGGGCAUUCAGGGCGACAGCAGUAGCAGCAGCAGCAGCUACGGGGGUGACAGAAGCAACAGCAGCAACAGCAGGGGUUCCAAGAGGUGGCAUGAGGCCAGAGCUGCAGGGGGCAAGGUCGAAGCGGCCGGUGCGGAAGACGUUGUCGCUCAUAGUGUUACCGCCAGGUGAACGUCACCCUGGCCAGGCCGCCACCUCAGCCUCCCAAAUACAAGCGACCACAACCAGCAGCCCACUGCAACCUCCGUUCAUGCCACCUCCGCAGCACCAGCAGCACUCCUCGCUCAGACGCCUCAGUCAGCAGGUCUUCCUAUCGGCCCCGGCCUUACCAACUGACGGUGCAGGCACGACAACAAGCACAAUCGCCAUGCCAGUCGGUGCAUCCACUGCUCCUGCACCGACCUUUCCUUCCCUUGGUAUGGAUGCCGGCGGAAUCCGAUCGGGCCUGCACGACAAUUCCCGCCGCUGCAGCAGCAACUACCACCGCAGCAGCGGCAGCCGUACAUCGCUCAAGGUAUCGCAGCUCACCACUGCACUUCGUUCGCCUGAUUUGACAUCACGUAACUCAGGGGCCAUCAGUCCAGUCUUACAAGCAGUUGCAAGCCCCAAUCUCAGUCGAAAGCACGGUUCCGCUAUGGUUACUGCUACAAGCACUAACAGCACCGCAUCAGGACCAAGGACGGCAAAUGCGGCAUUCGAAGCUAUACCGGCAGCAGCAGGAAUAACCGCAGUAGCAGGAGUUGGAGGCAGGAGUGCGUCUUGCACGACAGUAGUGCCACCCUCUCCGCCCUGUUGGUUGCAGCCGCAGCAGUCGCUCUUGCAGCUGCCGGCGCCACUGAUUCCAUCGACCGUGGUACCUGCGACCAUUAGCAGCGGUGGCGGCGGAAGUGGUGGCGGUGUUCACGGCGUCAACAGCACAGCAGCCAGCAGCGGGGUGGGCUUACAUGCGGUGCUGGGCGGCGGAUGCAACCCGCGGCGCGCGACGCUGAGCAGCAUGCCGGAUAUGGAGCCGCUGGGAGGCGGCUUGCUGACCAGGACUCGAGCCUCGCUACAUGGCAGGUUCUCCAACUUUGGGGGCCCCAGCACCGCCGGAGGAGCGGCGGCAACCCUAGCGGCUCCCACAGCAGCAACUGCAGCAGCAGCUAGCGCCGCCGUUGCUCCUGCAGCUGGCUCAGAUCCAUACAUAGACGGCUGCAGCAGUAGCAACAGGAGCGACCUGCUACUGCCCAACGCCCUGCCGUACGGGGCUGCGUACGGCACCGGUGGUACGGCGGCAGGCCCAUCAAGCACCGCUACUUUGCCCUCCCCUGCAGCCGGAUCUGGACCCAUGGGUCUGUUGCACCUGCCGUUGCCCCAGCAGUUCCUAGGGGGAGAUGCGGGCGCCCUCGGUGGGAUGGCCGGAGGUGGCGGACCUACCAGCGCCGGCGGGGGCCGCCAGGUGUUGGCGCUGCGGCCAACUCUGUUGCUGGAGGCCACUGGCCUGCGUGCCAACUUCACAGCCAAGCAGGCGCGAGACAUGGCCAGUGAGGACGCUGCGGACCCAAUCACGGAAGCCGGUGGCGCCCCCAAGGGUCGAAAUGGUCCCUCGGCAUCACAAGCGGCCACCGGACUGCCGGAUAACGUGGGGCCGCACCGAGCCACAUCAUCGUCUUCAGCCCAUGCCAGCAGGAUGCAAGGCACGAAAGCUCUGGCACCACCUUUCACAGUCGUUAUACGGCAACGUCCAGGAUCAGAUGAGGACAACGACGCCAUCCUGGAGGAAGAGGCAGAUGAGGAGGAAGGGGAAGGGGAAGCUGGAGAAGAGAGCAGCUCGGACUCAACUCGCAUCUUAGGACGCCGUACAGCACGUAACAUGUCCUUCUUGCGG